GUUAUCCGGGCUCUUCACAAUGGCCGACGAGGUGUCGAAGGCUCAGGCAGCUGCUCCACAGGGAGAUACGAUCUUUGGCAAGAUAAUUCGCAAGGAAAUUCCUACGGAAUUUAUACAUGAAGAUGACUUGUGUGUUGCAUUCAAAGACAUAUCUCCACAAGCUCCCACACAUUUCCUCGUUCUACCAAAGAAACCCAUUCCACAACUAUCAAAAGCAUCCGAUGAAGACGAACAGCUCCUUGGCCACUUGCUCAUUACCGCGAGAAAAGUAGCUGCAGAUCUGGGUCUAGACAAGGGCUACAGAGUUGUGAUAAAUGAGGGUCAAGAUGGAGCUCAGAGUGUGUACCAUCUGCAUAUUCAUGUGAUGGGAGGCAGACAGAUGGGAUGGCCACCGGGAUAGUUUAGAGACGAUGGAUGGUUGUAAACACAUGCUAGCUGCAGUAUCUGUAGCUUAGUGUAUCUCUGUUGAUGAUUGAAUUGUGUCGUAGUUUAUAUCAAUCAAGUUGAGUUUGUGCUCACUUUGUCAUGAUA